UUUUUUUUUAUUCUCGUGUUUGGCGUAUUUUUCUUUUUUAUUUGACACACAAAUGUAUAGAAGAAGAAAACCUGUAAUAAAAGAAAAGCCACCCAUUCCUAAUACUUUGGAUGAGUUUGGUUAUGUAUUGAAAGAGAAUGGUGAAAUUAGAAGUAAAGAUACAGAUGAAGUCUAUUUAUUUGAUUAUUUGCCGAAAGAUAGACCUUAUAAUGAAAAACGUUACGAUAAAUUCAUUGAACUUAUUGGUGAUGAAGUCGAAAAGCAACUUCAAUCAGAACCUUAUAAUUUUCAAAAAUUAAUUGUGCCUAUUGAUGCCAAUCCUAAAACUGAUGCUCAUUCUUAUAUUUACACAACUCCUAAUGCUUUGACAACAAAAGAUAAAUUGCUAAUCAUGAUUCCAGGCAAUAACACUAGGAUAGGUCAAUGGAGUAAAAGAGUCCUUUGUGAUGAAACUAUAAAGUCUGGGUCCAUGAUGCAAAUUACAGACAUGGUCAAAGAACAUGGAUACGAAGCUAUUAUAUUAAAUCCUAACGCCAAUUUUUGGUAUAAUGGCCGUGCUUGGGAAACACCUGAAGUACAUACAACUAAACUUACAGUUGUACCAGAAAAUGAAACUCCUGAAAUGCAUUGUGAAUAUGUAUUCCAUCAUGUAAUUAGAAAUGCCCAAGCCUCUAAAAUAGCUGUUAUUGCAAUGGGAUGGGGUGGAUACGGCUUUACACUUGCGUUAAACAAUGAUUUUGAUUUCAUAAAGGAACGUGUUAAAGCUGUUGCAAUGGUUAAUAGUGUACAUACAAAAGAUAUGAUAAAUGGUGGAAGUAAACGUACAUUUAUGUUUGAUAAUUGUGUCAAUUGGGUAGUGUCACAGGCUAAAAAGGGGGAAAUAGUAACUGAUAUUCGAUCUGGCUGUACUUGUAUAUCAUCGGAAGAAGAAAUUGCAGACUUUACUUUAAACAAGAUGUUAGAUGAUAUUAUGAAAUUUAUUUAUGUUAAAAUGGGAGAUAUUGAGCCAGAAAUUGUGGAUGAGGAUGAAGCUGAUGAAAUUGAAGAGUUGACACAAGAGGAAAUAGAAGAAUUGAAGAAUGUUGAUUUACUAAGUAUUGACUGAAUGUAGAUGCUGUAUCACACAUACGAUUUCAUGAAUGCUGCAACUAAAAUAAAGCUUUCUUGGCAUGAAUCGAUUUUAUUAAUAAAGCAUUUUUAUGUUUGUGUAGCUCCUUUAUGUCAUUCA